CGGGUGGGGCACGGCUACAAAAGCCCCAGAGCCAGCCCCGGCCUCUCGGUGUGUGGGCUCCUCUCUGGGCAGCUCCCGACAUGCUGCGGGCACUGCUGCUCCCCUUCCUGUGCCUCCUGGGUCCUGCCAGCGCUGGGAAGCUGCUGGUGAUCCCCAUGGAGGGCAGCCACUGGCUCAGCAUGAGGGAAGUGCUGGCAGAGCUGAACAAGAGAGGGCACGAAAUUGUGGUUCUGGCCCCGGACAACAAGAUGCUCAUCGACUCCUCGGACGUCUAUGAGUUGAAAACCUACCCUGUCCCCAUCAAGAAGGAAGAGAUGGAAGCCCUGGUGCGCUCCUUUGGUUCGAGGUGCUUUAGUGAAGAGCCCUUCCUGAUCAGGUUUUGGAAUAUUCUGAAAGAUUCCCGGAAGAGCGGCAACAUGUUCGAAUCCACCUGCAGAGCCCUGCUGUACAACGAGGAGGUGAUGAAAUACAUCCAAGACAGCAAAUUUGACGCCAUCUUCACGGACCCCUUCAACCCCUGCGGGCAGAUCAUUGCCGUCCACUUCUCCAUCCCCAGCAUCUUCUUCAUGAGGGGAGUGCCGUGUAACAUCGACAUCCAGGCUGCCCAGGGCCCCGACCCGCCGUCCUACGUCCCGCGCAUGUUCUCCCUCCUCACGGACCGCAUGACCUUCUCCCAGAGGGUGAAGAACUUCCUGAUCUUCCUCUCCGAGUCCUUCAGCUGCAGCGUCGCCUUCUCCCCCUUCGAAGAACUGGCCUCGGAGUUCCUGCAUCGGGAGGUGACAGUGCUGGAUCUCCUGCGCCAGGGCUCCGUUUGGCUCCUCAGGGUAGAGUUUGUGAUGGACUAUCCCCGGCCUUUGAUGCCCAACAUCAUUCCCAUUGGAGGGGUGCACUGUGCUCACAAGAAGCUGACUCAGGUGGGUCUGGUUUAGUUCGUGCUGAGGUUG